AAGGUCCCCACAAUUCACAGAAACAUGAGUGCGUGAAAGGUCUCAUCACCAAAGCUCUUUGUGUGUUGUUAUUUCUGCAGAUAUGCACAGACUGAGAGACUCAGAGCCGUUGCUGUGAGGAAGUCUAUUUUCUCUCUCUUCUGUUUCUCUGUAUCUGCUGUCACGGAUGCCUCAGUCUGUCGUCUAAACUUCUGGACAUGAACGUCUUUCAAGAGUCCUGCUGCUCCAUUUUAGGAGUUCUCCUGGUUUUCCUUGUCCAAGGGUCGUGUGUUGAUUCAGAUGCAGAGGUUCGGCACAAAGCUGUUGGAGACUCGCUGGAAUUAACUGCUGAUUAUCCAAAAGAUGAUCUUGAAGUACAGUGGAAAUAUAAUGGGAUUAAUUUUGCUGAGUAUCAAAAAAAAUAUUUCAAAACAGUUAAACCUGAAUUAUUUCACGGAAGGUUAAAGAUGAAUGAAGGCAAUAUUAGCAUUACAGUAGCAGACCUUAAACUCCAGGAUUCUGGAAGCUUCUCUAUUGUUGCAGAAGGAAAAUCUACACAAUACAAUGCAAAAUUCAUUGAGCUACGUGUUCAUGAUCUCAUCAAAGAGGUAAAGAUUGAGUAUAAUGUUUCCUGGCUGCAAUCGCAAAACAUCUGCAUGUUUCAUCUCCGGUGUCUGGCGUCCGGUGACCAGAAUCCCUCGUACAGCUGGACCGGUCAUCAGAUCCAGACUCAAGGAUCUCACCUGAAUAUCAGCCUCCGUCGACCUGAAAACACCACACUCAACUGCACAGCCAACAACACCGUCAGCGUCAGGUAUACUACUGAGACUGUAGUGUGCACAGAGACAUCUGAGGAGCAAAGGUUCUGUGUAAAAAGUUAAAUGCUUAUUAUAAAGGAUUAUAUAAUUGUAAUGUGGGGUUUUGUUUUGUUUUAUGUUCAUGUUUUCAUGUCUUUUAUUUUGGAGUUUAGUCAUGGUCCCUGCUUGUGUCAUGCUUCCCUUGCCCUCAUGUAUUCAUGCUAUUGGUUCUCUUGUUCUUUGUGUCAUGUGUCCUGUCUCUCAUUGGUUGGUUCUUGUCAUGUGACCUGUAUUGUUUGCUAUAAGUAGCCAUCAUGUUGCCAUUGUUUCGGAUCGUGUAUUGAUGUUGUAACCUGCUGUCGGUGAGUCUAGUUUGUUCACGCCAAGUCAAGUCUCAGAUUAUGUUUGUAUUUUGGAUCACGUUUGUAAAUAAACUGCACAUGGGUUAUUAAACUUGCCUCCAGUGGACUGCCUGUUACAAUAAUUUACAAGAAGUUUACUUUGAAAUAAAGACAAACUAAGAAACAGGUCCUCCCAUUUUGGAGAACCAUUUGAAUGGCAAGAUUAUGUAUAUUUGUUAAAUGGCUCUAAAAUGAUCUUGUUAGAUUAUUCAUCGUAUACUUAAGAAAUUUUAGGAUCUGUACAUAUUAAUAACAGCAUGGGCACAAUUAAAACAAUAAACUAUGUUCAAGCCA